UUUCUCUGUUUCCAUAGCUCCCUGUGCGCCACUGAAUGUACAGCUCAGCCUUGACUGUCAGUCUGAUGUCCUCAAUGUCACAUGGGAGUCCACUGGUCACUUUGAACUCUUCCACGCCACACUCUCCAGCAGUGAAGGCACCUCCAGCCUCUGCACUUCAGAGGAGCAUUACUGUCUAAUGAGUGACUUGCAGUGUGAUCUGCAAUACACUGUUACUGUGGUGGCUGAGUAUAACUCCUGCAACAGUGCACCAAGUCCUCCAGAAAAUGUUCAUGCAGCUCCUUGCCCUCAGUCUACUUUCCUACCUCAGCUGAACUGCAGCACUGGAGUUUUGUCUGUAAUGUGGUAUCACAGCAUGGAUGGAGUCCUGUAUACGGUUACAGCUGUUGAUAAAAUGGGUAAUGCACACAAUUGUGAUGGCACAGCUAGGGGCUGUGAUCUCGACACCCUGGACUGUGGGACAGAGUACGAUAUCACCAUCACACCAUCCAGAGGCGAAUGUCUGGGAAAAGACAGUGCCACGCAAACCAUUAGGACAGCACCUUGUGCACCCAGUAUUUCCAGCGUUGAGAUUGACUGCCUGACAAACUCAGCAUGGGUGAUAUAUGAGGAGGCUGCAGGGGCCGAUGACUACGUGGUCAUGAUGACGGACAGCUGGAAUACACUACAGAGCUUUGAUUGUAAUGCCACGUCAGAGAGAACAUGCUCUGUUCCACCACUGCCUUGCAGCAAAGCAUUUACCUUCACCAUGAUUGCACGUGACCAGCAGUGCUCCAGUCCAGCCAGUGAUCCUUUCACAACAGAAACAGCCCCAUGUGCUCCUUUGAAUGUGAGGAACGUAGUGGGCUGCACCAGCUCCUCAAUCAGCAUCUCCUGGUCACCAGUCCCUGGUGCUGUGUCAUACACAGCCACACUGGAGGAGAUGGACCAAGUGGAUGGAGUCACUACCUGUUGCACAACAUCUGACACCACAUGUGAAAUCUCAGAUCUGCCUUGUGGAGAAUUCUACUUCAUUCAUGUUACUGUUGAGGGACAUGUGUGCAACAGUUCCCAGAGCGAAGGGAUCGUCACAAAGACAACUCCAUGUAUUCCACAAGACCUCCAAGCCAGUCUGAGCUGCAGCACCAAUGUGGCAACCAUGACCUGGGAAUCUACCAUGAGUGGUCAGCGCUACAGAGUGACAGCAGUAGCUGCUGAUGGACAUGAGCACGUGUGCCUAGCCUUCCAGAACACUUGUGAGCUGACGGACCUGCACUGUGGAGAGCUCUACACGGCCACAGUAAGAGUAGAGGACCCAAACUGCAACAGCCUUCCAAGUGAAAAUGUUACCAUCAAGACGGUACCUUGUACCCCAGAAAGCAUUAGUGCAGAAGUGGAUUGUGACUCCAAUACUCUGGUUGUGUCUUAUUCUGAGAGUGAAGGGGCUGACCUUUACACUGCAAUAGUGCAGGACAGUGAUGGUCAGACCACAUCCUGUCAUAGCACAGAAGUAGGCUCGUGCUCUUUGUCGAAUAUCGCCUGUGGUCAGAUCUACCGUGCUGUCGUGGUCUCCUCUGAUGGAUAUUGUGAAAGUCCACCUACCCCUGUAUCUCAGGCCCUUCCAGUUCCCUGUUCACCCAGAAAUAUAAUGGCACACUUUGACUGUUACACUCAAACAGCCAUAGUUGCAUGGUUCCCGAGUGAUGGAGCAAUUUCAUACCAGGUAACGGCCACACCCACAUCAGGGGAUGAUGUCACCGUGGACACAGCCUCUACUGACUGUGAGUUAGAAGGCCUGCAGUGUGGUGAGAGCUACACUGUGACUGUCACUGCUCUGGGAGAGGACUGCAGACGCAGCGCAACCAUGAUAGGAAAGCUGAAGACUGGGCCAUGUGUUCCUCAAAACAUAAACGCAGAAUACAGCUGGGGUGUAGGUCAGGUGACGUGGGACCAUGUAGCCGGUGCAGAGUCUUACACAGUGAAAGGGGUCACAGUGGAGGGUCGUGAAGUCAGUUGUACCAAUGAAGAUAACUACUGUGCCUUGCCUGGAUUGCAAUGUGGCCAGCUGUACAAUAUAUCAGUGAUUGCGAACAACAACGUGUGUGAAAGCCUGUCCACAUCUGUCUCAGACGUGAUCAUAACAGAACCUUGCCCACCAAACAAUGUGGAGGGCAAAGUCAACUGUGAGAACAACAUGGGAACAGUGACUUGGGAGCAGAGUUUUGGUGCCAUAGGCUACAUGGUCCUCCUCAAUGGACGUGAUGGACACUACCUGACAUGUCACAGUGAGAACACCUACUGCAAUGUAGAAGGUCUUCACUGUGGAAUUGUUUACUACGUCGUUGUCGUUGCCGUCGGAGAGACACUAAACAGCACAGCCUCUACCCAACUCAACCUGGAUACUGCUCCAUGUGAGGCUGCAAAUGUUGAGUUUGACCUGAACUGCAACGAUGAUUCAGUCACUGUUACAUGGAGUGAGGCCGAGGGGGCUGUGUCCUACAAGGUGACAGCCAUGUCUGAUGGAGGCUUACUUGCUAUGUGUGAGACAGAAGAGCUCAGCUGUCAACUCACAGACCUGGAGUGUGGUCAGACCUAUACAAUCACUCUCACUGUCAUCAGUGACCUCUGCCCUAUAGAGAUGUUUGGUGGCAGCUUUACAACACGUCACUGUCAACCUGAAAAUGUGGAAGUAGAUCUACAGUGUGGGGCAGAUAUUGCGGACAUGCACUGGGAAGAAAUGGAUGGGGUUGAGCUUUACAUUGCCACUGCAACCUGCAUCCAUGAAACCCUGGAGUGCAACACCACCACUUCUACCUGCCAGUUCUCAAACCUGCACUGUGGGGAAAUCUAUGAAUUCUCUGUCACAGCAUUUAAUAACGGGUGCUUUGGUGAAACUAGCACCACUUUGGAGAUAAACACAGAACCCUGUACUCCAACUGACUUGAUAGCGACCGGCUCUUGUCACAGUGACACAGUGAUGUUGAAUUGGUCACCAGCUGAAGGAGCAUUGGUUUAUGAGGUGAUGGCCAUCGGUAAUCUGGGAUAUGUCAUAUCUUAUCAAACCAACGAGACACUGCUCGAAGCCGAGCUGCCCUGUGGACAACUGUAUACCUUCACAGUGACGGCACAGGACGAUCGAUGUGACAGCAGUGUGAGCCUGUCUGCAGAAUUCAAGACUGGCCCCUGUAUCCCAGGGAAUGUGGAGAGUUUCACCCACUGUGAGAACAAUCUUGGCUUAGUCAGCUGGUCAGCCAGUGAUGGAGCAGAGGCCUACAAAGCCAUUGCAGUAGGAGAGGACGGACAUUCUCAUGAAUGUCUCACAGACAUCACCACCUGCAGUUGGGAUGAUUUGCACUGUGGAGAUGUAUACACUGUUCAUGUUGUUGCCAGAGAUGGGGUGUGCCUUAGUGAACCUAGUCAAACCACUACAAUACGAAUGGCACCAUGCAUACCCCAGGAUGUGGUAUCGUCUCUGAACUGCACCACCAAGGUGGGGUCACUGUCAUGGUCUGCAAGUGAAACUGCAGAGAGCUACAUUGUGACUGCAGAGACCACCAGUGGCCACGUGGUGCAAGUCUCCACCAAUGACACCUGGACCUUCAUUUCAGAGUUCCUGUGCGGUCAGGAGUAUUUCCUGUCUGUUGCUGCAAUGGACUCUGAGUGUACAAGUCUACCCAGUCAGCCUGCAACUCUUAAUUCAGUCCCUUGCGCCCCCACUGGUGUCACCAGCUUUUUGAACUGUGUCUCCAACAUUGCUUUGGUGUCCUGGAUGAGUUCAGCUGGGGCUGAUUUUUACACCGCCACAGUUCAUCUAGAAGAUGGCAUCUCUAAAAGUUGCUUUUCUGAAGGCCAGGAGUGUGGCAUAGCUAACUUGAACUGUGGACGGACCCACACACUCACUGUCGUUGCCUCUGACCAUCAGUGUACUUCUGAUGCCAGUGAGGCCAGGUCUCUGCAGUCAGUGCCUUGUAUUCCCACUAAUGUGGAUAUUAGCAUGGACUGCACCAAAAAUGAAGCCCUGGUGUCUUGGAGUGCUAGUGACGGAGCCUUAUCCUACAAUGUGAUGGCUCAGACCACAAAUGGACUUGUGUCCUACUGUGAGACCACAGACCUUCAGUGUUCUUUGAGCAACUUGAACUGCGGGCUUCAAUAUUUUGUCCAGGUUGUGGCUCUAGAUAAUAUCUGCUCUAGUUUGCCCAGUCCAGCUUCACCAUUCUUGUCAGUUCCCUGUACACCACUUGGUGGCUUACUGGUCCUGGACUGCUUCACCAACUCAGCCCUCUUUGAAUGGUCCUUCAUAGAGAGUGCUGUGGAGUACAAGGCCACAGCUCGGUCUUCUGAUGGCCACGCUUCCACCUGCACCUCCAAUAUUACCAACUGUGAACUGAAGAAUCUGCAGUGUGGACAGAUAUAUAAUGUUAUUGUUGUUUCCUCUAAUGGCCAGUGUGACAGUCAGCCAAGCUCCACAUUACAGGUGGAAUCAGUGCCUUGUCCUCCUACCAAUGUUGAGGCUUCAUUGCUGUGCUUCACGAACACGGCCAAUGUCCAGUGGCAGUCGUCUUUGGGAGCUGACUCCUACAUGGUCCAGGCACUGUGCAUGGAUGGACACGAAACUGGCUGUGAAAGCAGCUCAGGCACCUGCUCCUUUAGUGACCUUAUGUGUGGGUGCACCUACAGCAUCAGCGUGAUUUCCACGAAUGAAAUGUGCAAUGUGUCGAAAAGUGACACCAUACAGCUGCAAUCAGUUCCUUGUGUAGCACAGAAUGUUGAUGCCAACUUGGAUUGUGAGUCUGGAUCAGUCACAGUUUCUUGGGAACCCAGCCUUGGGGCAAUUGUAUAUGACGUAUUUGCCCAAGGAAACGCUGGCUAUGCCUCAACUUGCAACAGCACUGAGACAACAUGCACAUUCCAGGACUUGUUGUGUGGCCUCACUUACUCUAUCACUGUUAGCGCCUCAGACGACACUUGUAUAAGUGGGAGCAGCUCUGCUGUGGAGAUUAGUUCAUUGCCUUGUGUAGCGCAGCAGGUUGAAGCAGUGAUGGUCUGCAGCAAUGACACAGGAGUUGUGUCAUGGGAAGAGGCAGAGCAAGUGUUCUUAUAUUCAGUGCAAGCCUUUGGAUCCGAUGGUCACAUGACUCUGUGUCAGAGCGAUCAGGACAGCUGUCAACUGCACCCUCUCCAUUGUGGUCAACUCUAUGACCUGACAGUGUCAGCCCGGAAUGGAGAGUGUGACAACAGCCAUGCCUACCUCCAGCUGCAGUCAGUACCUUGCACACCCACUAGUGUCAAGACUUCUCUACAGUGUAUGUCAAACACUGUGUCAGUCACAUGGGAACAAGCCAGUGGGGCAGUGUCCUAUCUCACAGUGGGAGUCACUGCAGAUGGAAGUCACCAGGUUGAAUGUAACAACACAGAAACCUACUGUGAUCUGAGUGACCUGCAGUGCGGACAGACUUACGGUGUGACAGUCUUGGCCCAGGAUGAUUCUUGUUCAAGUGUGGAGAGCACCGUGUCUCACGUACAGACAGCCCCCUGUGCGCCACAAGGUGUAACUGUCAAUGAAAUGUGUGCGGAAGCAACCACGACCAUCUCCUGGGAUGCCAACCCUGAUGUUGAUUACUUCCAUGUAUUGGCUAUCAGCAAUUCUGGAGCUAGACUCUACUGUAACUCAACCGGUACUUCUUGUACUUUGAGCAGUUUACCAUGUGGACAACAGUACGAAAUCACUGUUCUGGCUAUAAGAGACGACUGUGAGAGUCAGCCGAGUACAAUGGUAUCAUCGUACUCAGCUCCAUGUCCACCAGUUAAUGCUAAUGGAAAUCUGGACUGCGUUACAAAUGCUGCCUUUGUGGCAUGGACAACCGGAGAAGGAGCUCUUUCCUAUCAAGGCAUUGCUCAAGCUGCAAAUGGACACACCUCUGGUUGCAAUACCACUGGCUCAAGCUGUGAGAUCCCAGAUCUGAAGUGUGGGACACGGUACAACUUCAGUGUAACUGCGUUCCAUGAUCACUGCCAGAGUAAUAGCAAAAGCACCUUUCAGCUAGUGACAGGUCCUUGUGCUCUAUCAGAAAUCCAUGCAGAGGCACAUUGUACAAUUGACACCAUCCUUGUUCGAUGGGAGAAUACCGAGGACUCAACUGUCUUUGUGGUGUCUGCCGAGGACACCAACCAUGACUUCACAUACUGCAACAGCACAGCUGACACAUGUAUACUUCCGAAUAUGUUCUGCGGCAUGGAAUACAGCGUCAUAGUAUCGGCCUCUUCAAACAGGUGUAGCAACCUCAGAAGUCCACCAAAGAAGAUCAAAACAGUGCCAUGUGUGCCGUCUGAUGUGAGCGUGAAACAAGUAUGUGAGGGUGAAGGUGUUGUGGUCACAUGGGCACCAUCUCUUGUGGCCACGUUGUACGAACUAACAGCCAUAGACGGACAGGGAAAUGUCUUCAAUUGCACAAACACAGAAAGCACUUGCACCUUCACUGAUCUACACUGUGGCCAAGACUAUGGGUUAACUAUUACUGCCACUGGCGACAACUGCACCAGCAUGCCCAGCCUUUCUACCUUCACCACAGCACCGUGUCCACCUACUGGUUUAAUGGUGUAUUACAAUUGUGAGAGCACAUCUGCCAUCCUCUCAUGGAAUCCAAGCGAGGGCGCUGUGAAUUACCAUGCCGUUGCCCAACCUACAAAUGGUGACCCGCUCUACUGUGAAUCCUCUACUCCUACCUGCACCUUUGAAGACCUGGAGUGUGGUGAAACGUACACUUUCUCCGCUGAAUCCUCCAAUGGAAUUUGCAACAGCUCAUCAAGUGAAUCUCUGGAGGAAGGAGCAGUUCCAUGUCCUCCCACUGAGGUGAAAGUCAAGAUGCAAAAGAGUGAAGGCGACUAUUGGGCCAUGUCAUCAUGGAACGACGUUAAUUGCACGGAUGUUGAGUUUCAAGCACAGUUAACAGGUCGAAUCGGAAACAGCCACGAGACCUUGAUGGAGGUCUCCGGCUACUGGCUGACAAGGAAAUACUUUGAGUUUCCCAUCCCUUGCAGCACAGCAUUUAUGCUUACUGUAAGGGCCAGAAACUCUGCUGGAGAAGGUCCACCCUCCAGUACCAUAGAGGGAACCUCAGAGCCUUGUCCACCACAGAAUGUCCAAUAUAGUGGCAAUGCAUCAUCUGCUGUCGUGUUCUGGGAGGCCUCAAUCCUAGCCACCCAGUACACUGUCUACGGUUUAGAGGGAGAAGAACGCACCAAGCUUUGUGAGACCACGGAGCUCUCCUGCUGGCUGCCUAGCUUCAACCCUAGUGCUGCUGAAGUGACAGCCAGCAAUGAUGUGGGGGAGAGUGACCCCAACUCAAUGAUUAUUGGGCCAGUGGAUAUGCGCAGAAAGAGGGAUUUGAGGAAUAAUAUUUUCCUAAACAACUUCAGAAGAGGUCUUAAAGUUCCGCAAGAUGUGACAGUGAGCGUAAGUCAAGUCUCAAUGCACACCAAAUGGAAAAAGGUGAAUGGUGCAACUGAGUACGUAGUUGUCUUUGAAGAGCAGCACAAAGCACGACAUCAUAAUCAAUUGCUGAUAGUGAAAACCGUGGUAGGUACUUCUCACACAGAGACUGAUCUCAAGCCAGAUACUACCUACUGCUUUAGAGUCGCAGCCAAAAAUGCUUUGGAACAAAGCGACUAUACGCCACCAGAAUGCCAAACCACAGGUGACCCCUACUGAAAUACCAUGCAGAUCCACACUCCAGUUUAAAUCCACACUGGACUCAGAAGCAAUGACAUCAAGCUGGUUUUAUUGUAUGUUUGUCUUCUCCACCUUUUAGCACCCAGAAAAGAGUUCUUAACUGUUCCGCCUUUAAUAGGGAAACUAUAAAAAUAAAGUGAUUACAACUGCAAAGGUACAAGAGAAUUCUUCCGUGGGAGCCUGUCUUACAUGUCAAAAAUAAAUUAUGAUCAAAUCUGAGAAAAAGAAACCUUUAAAUUUAAAGCUUUUAAAUCUUUUUAGCUAUAGGUUUUAAACAUGCUCAUAAUUGUGGCUGGUAUAUCAUAGCAACAUGUGGCUUCAUAGCUGUCUUACAAAGUAUUGCUGAAAUUAUAUUUAUCACAAAUUGUUUUAUUUUUGAGCUAGCUUUUUUUUUUUUUUUUGAUUUUUCUGAAUGAUUGUGAAACUAACAGACAGUAGUGCAAACAAAUAAAGAUAAUUUAUAAACCAAUAUUUUUCAAACCAAGCAGUAUAUUUUCUCUGACUUCUCAUCUGUAAGAAAUAAAGUAAUUAAAAAAAAUCUGAAAAUAUUAAAAUAACCCUCUAUACGAACAUCUAUCCUUGAAAACUGACUCUUGUGUGUUUGUGUGGGGAUGGGUAACUGUUUAUUAAAAGUGAUAAUUAAAAGGCAAUAGGUCCAAGUUUUGAGACAGAAAUAAAAUGUUAAAUGUUAGAAAUUGGGUCUAAAUCUGAAAAUGUUGAGAUGCAAACAUCAAUUAAAAGGGAAAACGUAUAUGAUUAUACAUCUCAAAAUACAACAGAAUAAAUUUGAGAGAAACGGUAAAGGUGCAAUUGGCAACGUGCUACAUAAUUAAUAAAAAAAUGAUGAGGACUGGUCAUAAUUUGCGGAUAAAAGGUAAUUUUAAACGUAAAAUGAAACUUUGUCAAAUAUGGGAUAAAAAAGUUGAAACGAUACGCUCAAUUGAGUAAAAACUGGGUGUUUAAUAUGAAAGUACACAUAGUAACAUAGCUAUUUAAUAAAU